AUGUCUUCGUGGAGCAAAGCCGCAUUGAUUCUCGAGUUCGUCCUCUGGUGCUCACUGGUGCUCUACGGACCCUGGGCCAUCGUGUACAUGUCGUUCCACCUCAUCUUUCAGGUGCCGGGAUUCCCCUUUGACCUGGACCUUUCCUGGCGAUCCGCCGCGUUGGUUCAGGAAUUCUUGGUAUGCCUGUGGUUGCUGUUCGACGGACCAUUGGCCACCUUGAUCGUCAUGUGUUACGCCGAAUACCGACUGCUACCCCACAUCCCCUUUGAUGAGCUGUGGGACGCGACGCGGGUAGGUACCUAG